GCAAACGACUCCCCGGGAACUACUUGGCUUCCUUCCUCGCGCGCCGCGACCGCCGCCCGCCGGCGAUGGAGCCGCGGCCGCCGCCGUCGCCGUCGCCUUCUCCGGCGCCCCCCUCCUCCGCCGUGCGGGUCCUCUCCCGCGCGCCUCCCCCCGCCUCCGCCCCCUCCCCGGCCGCGACCGCUGCCUCGCCGCCGCACGACGGCGGCGUGGUCGUCGUCGGCUUCGUGGGCGGCCCCGGGAGCGCCGCCGCGCGCCUCGCGGACCGGAUCCUCGACGCCCCCGUCUUCUCCCCCGGCGGCUCGGCCAGGACCCUCGCCGGGGGCGUCAGGUACCACCGCGACGGGGACAAGAGGAUGGUCUUCCUCCACCUCGCCUCCCCGCCCCCGCCCCCGCCGCGGGAUGCGGGCGGCGGGAGCACCGGCGACCUCCCGGAGAUACUCUUCAUGUUCUCGGUAUGCCAUGUAAUAAUAUUUCUCCAAGAAGGCUUCCGGUUCGACACGCAGAUCUUGAAGAGUUUUAGGCUGCUGCAAUCUUCGAAGCAUGCUUUUGCACCAUUUGUGAGAUCACUAGUAGCACCGGGAACACCAUCCAAAGCUGCCCCUUCUGGCACACCGGGGACACCAUCCAAAGCUGCCCCUUCUGGCACACCGGGGACACCAUCCAAAGCUACCCCUUCUGGCACCCCGACUCGGCCUACCCGCAGGGCUUCAUCAAUCUCCCCUCCGGCACGCCGUGGAGGCCAUUCGGGCCGCCAGCCCUCAGCCAUCUCGUUGAUGUCAGGAACCGGUUCGCAUGCUUCUGUGUUGCCAGGCCAAUGCAUCCCUGUUGUCCUCUUUGUCUUUGAGGAUGAUAUCAUUGAUGGUCCAAGUGCUGCAACAAGUUUGGAUGAUACGGGGGAGACAUCUUCAUCAAAUCAGGCUUCUGGCACUUCAAAAGGUUCUGGCUCAGUGGUAAUGCUCGCCCGACCUGCCAGCAAAACUGAGGGUAGUUUCACAAAGAAGCUGCAUUUGUCUCUGGAAGGUCAGAUCCGGUUGUUGCUGAAGAGGUGCCGGACACUUACCGGUCUGGAGUCGUCAGGGCAUAAUGGUCCAAGGGGUGCUGGUAACGUGAGCCAUAUUCCUUUGUUCUCACUUGAUGCAUCCAGAGUUGUUGCCCUGUUGGACCGCUCAAUUAAUAAGAAACGGGAGCCACUGGAUAUCAUCGCAGGACUGUUUGAAGAUUCUUUCAGCUCCAAGUCAUCGUUGGAUGUCGCUUCAUUAGAAAAUAACUGCCAAUCUGCAAACCACGAAGAUGUUCAGUUGAUCAAGGAUUUUAUAUUUCGGCAGUCCGAUGGACUGAGAGGGAAAGGCGGGUAUUCAGGCAAUGCGUCUGCUGGCUCUGUUGCUGGUGUCGGUAUGGUGGCUGCGGCAGCAGCUGCAGCAGCUGCAUCCGCAUCAUCUGGGAAGCCAGUUAGUGUUCCUGAUCUCCCUAGUUUUGAUAAAUGGUUCUCCAUUAGUACAUCUAUUCUAUCUGGACUGAUUAGUGCAAAAGAUGGGAUCGAUAAUUCCGAAAGUAUGAGGGGAUCAUCUACUCAUACAAGUUCUGGUUUGAAGAAUGAACACUCUAGUGCUAUUGAAACUGCUUUAUCUUGCUUGGAAAGCAACAAGGGGCUUAACAUGAAAUUUUCCUCAUCAUGGUGCCAAAAGGUGCUUCCAGUUGCUAAGGAGGUGUACUUGAAAGAUUUGCCUGACUUUUACCCAACUAGCGUGCAUGAAGUGCAGCUACAGAAAGCAUUGAGAUCCUUUCACUCAACAGUCAAAGGACCGGCUGUCAAGGUAUUCUCCAAGAAGCUAGAAGAUGAAUGCAAGACAAUCUGGGAAGCUGGAAGGCAGCAAUGCGAUGCUGUCAGCCUUACUGGCAGGCCAUGCAAGCACCAGCGUCAUGGUAAAUUAUCUUCAUCAGAUGCUGUCGAACAGCAUUCUAGUGGUUACGUCUUCCUCCAUGCAUGUGCCUGUGGACGGUCACGUCGCCUUAGAGAUGAUCCUUUUGACUUUGAGACAGCCAAUGUAUCAUUUAACUGCUUCUCCAAUUGUGAAGAUCUACUACCCACCCUUGUGCUACCGAGGGGGGUUGAUGCUAGUUCAUUUCCGGCAUCCUCUUGGCGUUUGGUGCGCCUUGGAGGAGCAAGAUAUUACAAGCCAACGAAAGGGUUGCUCCAAGCUGGAUUUUGCUCAAAGGACAAGUAUCUUUUGAAGUGGACAAUAUCUCUUGGCAAAGGACAAGGAAAAAAUGGCACCCAUGCUGCCACUAAAUCUUCCUCCAUGACAUCUAAUGUGAACCCCCAGAUUCCACCUGCUGUUUCUAGAGAAGUAAAGUCCAUUACAAACCAAGUCGCACCAGAAAUUAGAUCUGCGAAGCUUGAAAAUCCCAGAAAACAACCUGAAGUGCAAUCAACGAACAGCUCAGCUAUCAGUUUUGGUAAAGGUCAUCCAAAUUUUACUAUGAAAAAGCCUUUCGCUGAAGUUGUUGCUGGCAGCACAACUAAAGAUUCUGAGUUUCCUGCUCUCCAGCUGAAGAGACCACCAAAACCUGCUAGCCGAAAAGAUGAACGGCAAGUGAGCGUAGCAGAACAGACUAAUGGCCGAAUCAAUGCAGCUCUCAGUCAAGGACCUGUAGCUGAAAAUGAAUCUGAGAAGAUGACCAAAAAUAUGAGCAGUGAAACUGCUGAUGGGAAGCCCUUUCUACAGAUCGGGAGCAACAUAGUGCCAGUUACUGUUGGAAAUGAGACUAAAGAAGCUGCUCAAACCGUACAACAGUUUGUAGUAUAUGUGGGAUUUGAGCAUGAGUGCUCGUACGGUCACCGUUUCUUACUGUCAGAGAAGUAUCUUAAGGAAAUUGAUUAUGAAAGAUCCUAUCAAAACAAUGAAUCAGAAAGUAAGCAUAGUUCACAAAAGUUGCCCCCAAAUGCAUCUAAGUCGGCAGCAACUACAGUAAAUGGAAACAAUGGGCGGAAAGCCAAUAGGCCACUGGAAUCAUCAGGGAGAAAUAGCAGGCAGCAAUUGCUUCAGCCUGGCGUUGAUGGGGAGACGUUGCGGCCUGCUCACAUUCCUUCAGAUCCACGUAAUGUCAGAAAGGGAGAGCAUUCUCUUCAAUACGUUACAGCCGAUGAUGGUGGAGAAGCAUAUUCACUGUUGAACAGAAAUCUGCCGAUAUAUAUGCACUGCCCUCAUUGCAAGAGCUCAGACGGGAAGGGGCAUCAAGAUGUAAAGGCUGCUGGUGCUGUGUCACAACUUCAACGGAUUUUUAUCGUGACACCUGAUUUCCCUGUCCUGUUGGCUAGCUGCCCAGUUGUACAGUUUGAGAGGUCAUGUCUGCCAUCAAAUGUAUCUGACCGUGAUCAACAAGGAUCGUUCAGCCUUGGAUGCCGAGUUCUCCUUCCACCCGAGAGCUUUCUUACCCUGCGGCUUCCAUUCGUAUACGGUGCCGAGACAAGGGACGGAAGCACAUCCCCCCUCAAACACCUCGAGCAGCAACCAGAGCUCACAGCAUGGCUCGUCGGAGGCACAGCUUUGCAGAUCGUGUCAGCCGGGCACGUCGCCGAGAAAGAAGCCAACGUGCCGUGAUGCUCUUGGGGAUCUAAGGUUUUGAUGAGUGGUUCAGGCGUAACUCUACUCACUUUCAGGACGUGCAUGCAGCAGCCAGCAGUAUGUGUCCCGCACUCAAGGCAUCGGAUUCCGGGUUGCUUGCCAGUGUAUGUGGUUGGCGUAGCAUGGUUCCUGUCAGAGGUGUUCUGCUUCUGCUCCUGGGAUUUAUUUAUGCCGCCAAGCUGUUGAUGUAGCUACUACAAGAAUACUGCACAGCCAGAGAUACAGCCUUUCCAUGGAGAGAAAAACGUGGAAGCUCCAGGUCGCCGCCGCUCCUUCUAUUCCAGAGAUCUGCGCCGCGCCGUACCGCACGCAAGAGUGUCGAAACACAUGGAGUGUAAAGGCAGAGAGUGGCGGGGCGGUCACGGUGGAGACCAUCAGAUGCCUGAUCUGCUCUGCUUUCCUUUCUUUCACUUGCCAAACAGCGGUUUUCACGUGAACGGAGGAAUCAGGACGGCGGUGUUGCACGGUUUAGGCUCUGUAAUUUAACCGAUUUUCUGAUUGGGUCGCCGAUUGCGGCACGGUUUUUUGCAUUAGACAAACGGCUGUGCUCUGCUACCUCAUGAUCUUUUUCUUGGCUGGCUGAACUGGGUUUUCUCCAACGAAUUAUCUGCAAUCAUCUCCUUGUAUUUGUUUUUGAUAAGACAAUCUAAAUGAUGUAAAUUUAC